AUGUCCAGCUCGACAGCAGCUCCCCCGCCUCCGUCGGCUCCGUCAGCUCCUCGUCCCAGGCACCGACGCCGCGGGAGGGGCCCCGCCAACCGCGAUAACAAAUCCAAUCCUCCGGCUCAACCAACCAAUUCCGAAUCAACAGCUCUGAAUCAGCAAACCCAAACAAAUGGGAGUUCAACGCCAAUCCCAUCUGAGGGUUCGAGCCGUCAAAAAGAAAAUAAGGAAGGGCGGGGUGGAACUCGCAGAGGACGAGGCAAUGGACCUCGGCAGGGUGGACAAGGCCCUAGUGGAGAGCAGUCUGAACAAAAAUCACAACGGCAGUCCCGUGGAAUGAGGACUAAAGGUUUCGGAGCUCGUUUGACACGACCAGAGGCUGUCGCGGAUGAGGCUGCCCCGCAAAGCCAGGCCGACAGCGAUGCGAAUCUUCGUGCCGAUGCCCCAGCCUUUGUACCGGGGAGACCAAUUCAGCAACCAAAGCCGGCGCCUACAGCUGCUGCCGGAAAGGGUAAAGGGAAAGCAAAGCCUAAGCCUCCCCCACUACCUAAGGUUACCACAAAAUCAGUGGCCGAUAAUAUUGCCACACGCAUCCACGAAGAUAUUGCCCAUAACUUGGCGCUGCGGCUGCCCGCCAGCCGCAAGAUACUGAAGGACUAG